UGAUUACGGCUUAAUUACGACGAUUUGUGUGAUUGUGUGUGACUUCCUCGAGCGAGGAGAAUGCAAACAUUUAUACCUGUUGCUUGGAUUUUAAGAAAAUUUACAUUACGGAAAAAGAAAAUUGAUGGAUAUAAAUUUGCGCACGGAAGAAAAACACAAUCAUCGGGAACAAGGACGAUGGCCUGUUGUCUUUUAAAGUCGAUAUGUACUUCUUUAUAUAACUUGGGACGGGCAUGGAGUAGAUUAUGUGGUCGUUAUUUUAUUUUCACUGUGCUUGCGUUUACUUUAUUCUUGGUAGUUUACAUUUUAAGUAAUAUGUAUACUUACAUUAUUGAAUUUUACCUGCCUACGAUGCAGGCGGACCCCAUUAAAGUGGAUGUGUCUAAAUUACCCAUAAUCAAAAACCAAGAACACUUUGUGCCAUCGAUUAUUGAGCCCUUGCCAGUUAAAGGAUCUUUGUUCAUCCUAGUACUCAUAAAUUCGGCAGCUGCUAGCCAAUUUCAUUACGAGAAACGAAUGGCAAUUCGAAACACUUGGGGUAAGGCAGUGGAUACAAAUGAUUGGCGAAUCACAUUUUUUCUUGGGAAGACACCUAGCCCACAACAUGAUGAAAAGCGUUUGGAUGAAGCAAAGAAGUAUCGUGAUAUUAUUAUAGGGGACUUUCCUGACACUUAUAGUAAAAUAACGCAAAAGUUGAUGAUGGCUUUUCAUUGGGCUUCCAAACAAAACUUCAAGUAUUUACUAAAGACAGAUGAUGACGUGUAUGUGAACAUACCAUCUUUGAUUAACUGGAUCAAUACAACACCACAUCCUGAUAAACAACUAUAUGCAGGAGUAUUAUAUAAAGCUAACAUUGUUCGGGAUCCAUUGCAUCGUCAUUAUGUCAGCUGGACAGAUUUACCACAAGUGCAAUACCCUUGGUAUCCCAAAGGGGCAUUAUAUGUCUUAUCCAGUGGGAUUGUUAGGGAUAUGGUACGCAUAGCAAGCCAUAUUAGAAUGAUAACAGUUGACGAUGCUUAUGUAGGUGUGUUAGCAUCACACCUCGGUAUCAAACCAGUGACUUUGCAUGGUUUUAUACAAUGGAGUUUUCUUCCAAGUAUAAUAGAGCUAUUUGACAGCUGUAGUUUCUUGAACAUAUUUGGAAUGGCAGAUAACUUAACACCAGAUAACAUAUAUUUUAUUCAUCAAAAAGUAACAUCACUGAAGGAUUCAUCAAGUUGGAUGUGCAUUCACAUUCAGCAUCCAUUGUUGGUGACUGUCGUUCUAUUAUUGAUUAUAAUUGUAAUUGUUUACAGACUCACUAGCAAGAUAAUUUAAAGGGGAUUUUAUUAUUAUAGAAAAUAUAAUUAUUGCAAAAUAGAGUAAUUUACUUUGUUGAUUUUUCACAAUACUCAACAGUUAUAAAUAGAUAUCUAUGAAUUUUAUGUAAGAUUAUAUAGUUAUAUUAUUAUGAA